AUGUUGAAUAUUUUCAUGGAAGGAUUGGUGGGUGUUUCACGAGUCACCCCAGUUCGUACUCAUUUGGGGCAAAAGCACCUUCCUUUUGUUCCUACGUCUUCCCUGCAAUUUACGAAAAUUUUGUAUAGAAAUAGAACUAGAGUUGGAAUGAACCAACAUCCCAAAUCACCCAACCCAAUUGCUGCUUCAAUUCAACCAUUAGAAGCCUCCGCAUUGAGCCGCUUUGACAACACGCAACCAUCCAAAGAUGUUCUUGAUUUAUGGAGAAAUGCUGAUGCGGUGUGCUUCGAUGUGGAUAGCACUGUUUGCCUGGAUGAGGGCAUUGAUGAACUUGCAGAAUAUUGUGGAGCUGGAAAGGCUGUUGCAGAAUGGACGGCUAGGGCAAUGAGUGGUUCAGUACCUUUUGAGGAGGCUUUGGCUGCUAGACUAUCUUUGUUCAAUCCUUCCCUAUCUCAAGUCCAAGAUUUUCUCGAAGAGAGGCCUGCAAGGCUUUCACCUGGCAUAGAUGAGUUAGUCAAGAAGCUGAAGGCUAAUAACACUGAUGUUUACCUGGUCUCUGGAGGCUUCCGUCAAAUGAUCAAACCUGUGGCAUCGAUUCUUGGAAUACCGCCUGAAAAUGUGUUUGCAAAUCAACUGUUAUUUGGAACAUCUGGAGAGUUUCUGGGUUUUGACAAAAAUGAGCCCACUUCAAGGAGUGGUGGAAAAGCCACUGCAGUGCAACAAAUAAGGAAGGCUCAUAAUUACAAAGAAUUAAUCAUGAUUGGGGAUGGUGCGACUGAUCUUGAGGCAUGCCAACCGGGAGGUGCUGACUUGUUCAUUUGCUAUGCUGGUGUUCAAUUUCGAGAGGCUGUAGCGGCAAAGGCCAAUUGGCUUGUUUUUAAUUUUGAAGAUUUGAUAAGCUCCUUGGACUAA